AUGGCAGAGUUUGCAAUCAAGAGCACUUCGCAGGCAAGCCGUGAUAAAUCUAUUCCUCGGACGCUUCAAAGAGUUGCUUCGAAGGAUGGAAGCAGAAGCAGAUCAGCGCAUGGAUGUUGGACUUGUCGAUUGAGGAGAAAGAAAUGUGAUGAGAAGGGUCCAGAGUGUGUGACUUGUACAGACAGAGGUCUCAAGUGCUCCGGAUUUGGUGCCAUCAAACCGAGAUGGAUGGAUGGCGGAGCACAGCAAGAUGCUGUUCAUCGAGAGAUCAAAGCAACUGUUGCAUCAGUAACACGCAUGAAGAGAAUGUUGAAACUCGUUCAAGCACGAGAGAAGGCAUCGCCCGGUCGUAGAAGUGCAUCUAUUCCUGUAGAUGCCUUUGACAACGCAAGCAAGUCUUUUUACCGUAAUGGUAGCUUCAGUUCUGGUGUACUGAGUAGACCUGCUUCAGUUGGGCCUGGUUUACCGCAGAGCUUUUCCAUGCCUGAUCCGCAAGUUUGGGGACAGGAAAUGCCAUGUGACUGGAACUUUGGAGAAAAUUUCAAUAUGGCCUCAUUUGAUGGUACAGACAACUUUUCCAGUUUUGCCCCCGAAUUUUACAAUUCUGCUCUUGAAGACGAUAUUGGCCCACACGUUCCAGCAAUGUCCAACACAAACUUUUUCCUUCCUUCGCAAGCCAGCGAAGUCGGCCAAUUCUAUCAGUACACAACGCCGGAGCCAGAGAGCUACACCACUUCAACAGCUGCUGAAGAAAAUUCGUCCAAAUACAACAUGUUUUCUCAGCUUUGCACCUUUCCUCCUUCUCCAGCACUGUCCAUUACCGCACUCGAUCGCCCAGACAUCAGGACCCGGCAAGCCACACCCAGCCGUAUGCAAGAAGUCUUCACUCACGAGGAUCAGAUGGUUGAUGAGUCUCCGUCACAACAAAGCAAUAUCUCCAAACGAACGUCAGUCCCUUCCAGACAAGUACAGCUUUCGCCUGUCUGUGAAAAUCACACCUCGCAAUCUUCAAGCGUCAGCAAGUAUCCUCCGCUACUCCCAAAGGCAGAGUGCCCGCAGCCAUGCAAUCAAGUCAACAUCCAGUCUUUGGAACAGUCAGCUACACAGCAAGCUUGGAUGCAUCCAUCUGUAGCUUCUGUAGCUGAAACCCGAGCACAAUCAUUGAGAGCAGCCUCCAUGGAGUUGUCAAUUCUCCAAAAUCUGCUUCUUCAGAACGUUCAGCAGCAUUUGAAGCAAGCAGUCGCUUGUGUUCUCAAAAUUCGCGAUGACUAUCUUCUCGAAUGCGAGUCGCUUGCUACACGCGUCCUGUCAGAGGUUGAAUUGGAAGUCCUUGGCGCUUCGAUCAGAUUUGUCCUGUGGACAGAUAUCACUACCCGAACUUUUGAAGGACCUGAGGUUGAAUCACCAUUUCGUGGCCACAUAUCUCAUCUACUCGAAGUCAAUAAAUCCUCGCAAACACCACUUUUGGGUCUGGCCGGACCAGUUGAGGAUUGGAUAUUCACCGGAAUUGAGAGCGUCACUCGUUUGGCACAAAUGAGGUCCCAACUAGCAAACGAAGGUCUUUUCGACCUACGAGAAUUUCAGCAUCACGAAACGUCAGUGCUUUCGAAUUUGGAAUACAGACUGAAUGCGGACGAUCACUCUUCGCACGAUAAGUUACCAAACACUAAGACUAUGCUCCGGAGAAGCAUUUUUUUACAUGCCAUUAUGAUCUAUUUCUACGUGGUAGUGCAAGGUCCAUUCUCCGACGCGUUCGACAUUCGCAAGAAUGUAGACAUCGUUAUUCGCGAUCUUCUGGCACUGAACGACCCACACGCCUUAAUGACCGAGUUUACCUGGCCUUUCCUGGUUGCGGCGUCAAUGGCUGGGCCAGAGCAUCACGUCGCUUUAAUGGGAAUGUUCAGCAGCCCACUGACCAAUCCUACACCGAGAUUCACAAGUGUCUUCCAAGUUGUGCAAGAGUGCUGGUUAUUGAGAGCCCAGGGGGCGGCGGCUUCGGAUUGGAGAAGUGCUCGAUUAAGUUUAGAACAGCGCGGUUACUUUUUAGACACUGCAUGUUGGUAG